AUGGCGGUCCAGGGCGGCAGGGAGCGGGUCGCAAUCUGCGGCCUGGGCCUGCUGGUGCCUGGGCGGGAGGUCGUGGACACGCCCGACAGGUUCUGGGAGCUGCUGCGCAACGGCGAGGACGCCAGCGGCCCCGUGCCGGCAUGGAAGUGGUCCAACGAGAGCUUCUACGACAGGGACGCCGCGAGGUUUGGCAAGACAUCCGUCGCGAGGGGCCACUUCGUGGCGCAGGACAAGAUGACGGAGUUUGAUGCGGGUUUCUUCCGGCUUUCGCCCAACGAGGCGCUGACGAUGGACCCCCAGCAGCGCUGUGCGCUCAAGUGCGCGGUGGAGGCGCUCUGGGACGCGCAGAUCGACCCGAAGGAGUACUCCGGGCGCAAGGUGGAUGUUGUCGUGGGCGCCACGCACACCGAGAACGAGGAUGCCAUGGACAAGCUGAGUGCGGCGUCCGGAGGGGCGGCGAUCGGUCAUGAGAGGACGAUGUGCCCCAACCGCCUGUCGUCGUUCUUCAACUUCCAGGGGCGGUCGCUCAGCGUGGACACGGCGUGCUCCAGCUCCAUGCAGGCGCUGGACUUCGCGGUGGACGGCCUGCAGCAGGGGAAGUCCGAGAUGGGCGUCGUGGUGGGCGUGAAUUUCCUCGCUGCACCUUACCUCAACAUUGCCCUCCAAAAGCUGGGCGUGGUCAGCCCGGACGGCCGAUGCAAGUACUGCGACGCUGGGGCCAACGGCUAUGGCAGGGGCGAGGCCGUGGUGGCAAUUGUGUUGAAGCGCAUCAGUGACGCAGUCCGUGAUGGAAACACUAUCUACUGCACCAUUGUGGACACAAUGUCAAGCCAUGACGGGGCCAAGGACUUUGCGACCUACCCUUCCAUGGAGGCUCAGCAGAGACUGAUGGAAAAGAUCUACAGAGACAAUGGUCUCGACCCCAGGGAUACCCAGUACUUGGAGGCCAAUGGAACAGGCACUGAUGCUGGGGAUAAAACUGAAUUAGCUGCAGUGCAUGCUGCGAUGAUCCACGGUCGUGGCAGUCGACCAGCAGACAUGAAACUAGCAGUGGGGAGCAUCAAGACACAAAUUGGGCACACAGAAGGGGCAGCCGGUGCAUGCUCAGUAGCCAAAGGUGCACUGAUGCUGUACCACAAGGAGGUCCCGGGAAGCCUCCACCUCUCGAAGCUGCACCCAGAAAUUCCGCUGGGUGACUAUGGCAUAGUUGUGCCGCAGACGACGCUUGAGUGGCCCUCUCCACCCAGGGACAUGCCACGCCGGCUGUCCAUCAACAGCUUUGGCAUUGGUGGCAGCAACACUCAUGUCAUCUUGGAAGAAUUCGUUCACAGGGACAGGCCAGCUUUGGGGCCUGCUGUGGAUGCCUCGCAGCUCGUGCUCCCCCUCAGUGCACACACAAAGAAGGCACUGAUUGAGUGGGUGGGGCUGUGGGUGCAGUUCCUCAAGUACAACCAGGCUCGCUUCCUGGAGAACUCAGACACCCUGAAGUCCACACUGCAGGCCGCAAUACAUGGUCGGUCGCAUUUGGAGCAUCGCAUAUGUGUGUUGGGAGACUCUGUGAAUGAGCUCACUGUAAAUUUGGAGAAAGCGCUCCAGCAGCUCAGAGGUGGGUCAGUCGCGUCUCAGGGAAGCUCUGACGCGGGCACCAGCAAUCUCAGUGUCUGCACCAUGAGCCAGGGGGGCCCACAGGUGAAGCACAGCAACAUUUUGUUCCUUUUCCCUGACCUAGCCUCCGCAUAUCCUCUGAUGGGCGUUGGUCUGUACCGGGAUGAGCCUGUCUUUCGUGCUUCUUUGGACCGGUGCUCGGCUGCCGUCAAGAGUUGGGAAUCGUCCCUCAACAUAGUGGACGAGCUUCACAAGCAGGGAGCAGACAGCAGCAUCACCUCGGCUCCAAAGGCCAUGGUCGUGAUGCCUGCACUGCAGAUCGCCCUGACGGAUCUCCUCCGGUCUAAGGGAAUCGAUGCGGCAGGUGCCUUGGGCUAUUCAAGUGGCGAGGUCGCAGCAGCUUACUGUGCUGGGGCGCUCUCCCUGGAGUCUGCUAUGUGGGUUGCACACCAGAGGUCUCUGGGAGUCAGGAUAUUCGGCCAAGGGAAGUUUGAACCCUUGAUGCUCACUAUUGGCUUGUCUCGAGAGGAUGCCACUGCAAUGCUGCGGGGUUUGAAGCUUGAUGAAGUCACACAUGGGCGCAUUUGUAUUGCCACCAUCGACUCACCGCUGGGCGUGACAUUGAGUGGGGACAAACCUGCUAUUGAGAUCGCCCAGUCGUGGUGUGCAUCGAGGAAGGUGCCUGCACGGGUCGUCCAGACAGGUGCUGCGCUUCACAGCCAUCAGCUGACAGCAGCUGCUUCAGAACUUAAAAGCUCCUUGGACAAUUCUGGAAGCAAGUUCUCAUAUGAACGCACAAAGAUUCCCCUGUUCUCCACAGUGACUGGUGCUUGCGUCAGUGGUCGGAAGCUGGAUUCGCACUAUUGGGAGGAAAACUUGCACAAGCCUGUGGAGUUCUAUGCUGCAGUGGUGGCUGCUGUGGGCAGUGUCUUCUCAGCAGACUCAGGCCGAUCA